AUAAACCAAACAGUCUGCAAAGGAUUCUCAAAGCAAACGUUUCAGUAUUUGAACGCUAGUAGCGACGCGCUCUUGAAAAUCUUGUGUAGCAAAUUCUAGGAAAGUGGUAAUAAGAAUAUUUUUUGAAAAAAAAACACAAAUAAACUACAUUUUGAAAAAUAAAUUUAAAUAUACUUUUUUUCCGUGUGAAAAAAAAAUAUUUGGAAAGAAAAUUGUGCAAACAAAUUUUUAAUAUUUACCAAGUAAAUUUUAUCUGCAAUUAAGUGGUGUAAGCAAAGUUUCAGCGGAAGUGCACGCCAACACACAAGCCAACGGCCAGCAGACGAACAGUUAAGCAGGAAACGCAACAACUGCUCUCCAAUUCACGGCUCUUUAUUUUUAGCCAAGCUCAGCCAAAAAUCGUUACACACGCUGUGUAACCCGCGUCAUAAGGGAAGAAGUAGUUAUUUUUAAAACAGUAGCCAGCUAAUUACACAUAUUCUAAGUUAUGGAGUCACCCAGUGCAGCUACCGCUUCAGCCGCUGCCGCCGCAGCUGCUGCAAAACGCGUACAAAUCGAGAAGGCCCAUAAUUUCAUGCGUCAAUACCGUGAUCCGGAAUCGCGCGAAUUGAAGAAAUUGUCAGCUAAUCAAUUUAUGGAUGUGUGGGCACAUUACGACAAAGAUGGUAACGGUUACAUUGAAGGCACAGAAUUGGAUGGCUUCCUGCGCGAAUUCGUCUCGAGUGCAAAUGCCACCGAUAUCAGUCCAGAAGCUGUCACCGACACAAUGCUUGAGGAGCUGAAAUCGUGUUUCAUGGAGGCUUACGAUGAUAAUCAGGAUGGCAAAAUCGACAUUAGAGAGCUUGCUCAACUUUUACCAAUGGAGGAGAAUUUCCUUUUGCUCUUCCGUUUCGACAAUCCACUGGAAUCCAGUGUUGAAUUUAUGAAGAUUUGGCGCGAAUACGACACUGAUAAUUCCGGCUACAUCGAAGCUGAUGAGCUGAAAAACUUUUUACGCGAUUUGCUCAAGGAAGCCAAGAAAAUUAAUGAUGUCUCCGAGGAUAAAUUAAUUGAAUACACCGAUACGAUGUUGCAAGUUUUCGACGCCAACAAGGAUGGACGUCUGCAGCUCUCCGAAAUGGCCAAAUUGCUUCCGGUAAAAGAGAAUUUCCUCUGUCGGCAGGUUUUCAAGGGUGCCGCUAAGCUGACAAAAGAGGACAUCGAAAAAGUUUUCUCACUGUACGAUCGGGAUAAUAGCGGCUCAAUAGAAAACGAAGAGCUGAAGGGAUUCCUCAAGGAUCUGCUGGAGUUAGUGAAGAAGGACGACUACGAUGCUCAGGAUUUAAAGGCUUUCGAGGAGACUAUUUUGCGUGGCGUGGGCUACGAUAAAGAUGGCAAAAUCUCACGCAAGGAACUGACAAUGAUACUACUGACUUUGGCUAAAAUGCCACCAGAGGAUGAACAAUAAGCAGUUCGCUGCUAAGCAACACAACAACAAGCAUAAAGUUUAGUAUUUAUAAAGAUAACAAAAUUCAAAAAAAAAUUAGUACGAAAAAAAGAUAAUUAAACUUUUAUUAUUAAAGUAUUUUAGUCUUAUGAAAAUAAACAGCAUGUGCAAAUUACUAAAGAGGCAAGCAGUUAUAUGUAGUAGCAUUGAAAUAACGGCCAAUAAAGUCAAUAAACAGAAAUAUGUGUAGGCACACAUAACCACACUUUUUUGAUAGCUUAAACGAUGUGUUACACGUUAAGCAAACAGAAGCGUUAAAAAGUUAAAAAAAAAGAAAAUAAUGCGCUUAAUGAAAAAUAGAUUCGUAUAAGAGUACAAUGAAGCGUACAAUAUUGCGAUUUUUAAUAAAGCAUAUUAUUGAAAUAUAAAAGAAAAACUUGCAAAAUAAAUUAUAAAAUGCAUUUUGGAUAUGUAAUUGAAAUUUAAUUGCACGACGAGACGCAGAAAUAAUGCGCAAUAAAUUACAAGCGACCAGGCAACACAAAAACACACAAGAAUACAACAAUAAAGCAUUCAACGAGGGAAAUUAAUUACUUUAAAAUGCUGCCAAUGGAAAGCAGUCAAUGAAAUAUAGAAUAUCAAAAUAAAAGCCGAAGAAGCAUAGCAAAUAUUAUUUAAAAGAUACAUAAAGUGGGUGUUUCAUUCAAAGGGUGUGAGUUUUUAGCCAUAAUUAUUAAGUGUCAAAUUUGGCGACUAAAAUAAUAGAAACCAGAAAAUAAACAUAAAUGACAUUUUUAAGGCACAUAAUAAUAACAUUUUAUUUAUCUAUAGUUGUGCUGAAACGUAUUGCACUACAAUGACAAUAUGCAACUACCAAUUCCAACUUUUCGCGCUACAACUAACCGCAAAAUAUGAUCUUGUUAUAAUUUGUCGCAAAACAAAAUGGCAGCAAAUUUACCGUAAGCCUAUUUUUUAUAUAUACAUAUAUAUUUUUUCAAUUUAUUAUUUUGCUGCAAGUAAAGCCAAUAUUCUCCUCUUUUUUGAAGCUGAAAAUUCUGAAAAAUAUGGAAAUAAGUUGUGAGCCACAAAUAAUUUAUAAAAACAACCUCAGCCAAUUAAAUAAAUGCUUAAUUAUAUACAAGAAACCUCAAAAUAAGAAAAAAUAAAAUAAACCAGCCAAUAAAUGUGCAUGUCCUAGCGAAAAAAUAUAACAUCGAUUUUAUUGUUAAAAUAGUAAAUGUAAAAAAUAACGAAAACUUAUAUAGUAUUUGCAAACAAUUUAUAUGUAUGUAUGUUUUUUAAUGUGUAUUAGUUUAUAUUAUACAUAUUUUUAUUAAGUCAUACAAAUAAAUAUAUUAUAUGGCAUAUGAGUAACGAAUUUUUAGAUAUAUAUGUUAGUUUGUUAAAUAAAAAAUACCGACAAAAAAUACUAAUACUACAAGGAAACACGAUUUCUCAAAAUUAUAUGCGUGUGUUUGCCAUUUCCGGCUAUUGAUGUCGAGGACGUGACACACUGCGAAAAAAAUUUAUUGAAAUUAACAAAGGAAACUGUUUUUUUGUUAACAAAAAAAAUAUAUAUUUAAAUGUUAAACUUAUAAAUGUGUUGUCAUAUUGUGUACCUGUCAUAAAGCAGUAAAGCUUACAUAUAUAUUUACAGUACUUACAACUUGUUCUCACAAAGUUUUCAAUUACUUAAUGCAACCCUUUUUCGAUUUUGAGACGCGUUGUAUAAAACUCAACAGCCGACUUAUAAGCUAAAAUAUUUAGAAAAAUCGAAAAAUAUUGAGAAAAAAUCGUUCUUCCCUUAACUUACAAAAAACUGUUAACUCAAAGGCACCUUCCAACUAGGCAACAAAAUGUAGCAAAGAAUAUUUUUCCAGCUUCCAACCAUGCUGAAGUACAUAAUAAUCACCUAAAAUGCAAAACAACAUAUCAUCGAAAAAAUCGAAAUUCAGUUUUUUAUUGCUUACGAUUCACUACAUCAUAUUGCAUAUAUGUAACCUAAAAUUUUCAGCUUCCGCUGUCAGAUAUAACCAAUAUAUAACCAUUUUAUAACCAAAACUCAAAUUUUGUUUCAAUAAAAAUGUUUUCUACAUAUCGUUUUUAUUUCACCUGUAGAGUCAUAAAAAGUGAUGUUAUUUUAUUUUGCAAUUUAGGUGACGGUAUAUAAAUGAGUAAAAGAGAAAAUAAGAGUAACAAUUGUCACAAAAAAAAACGAAUACGAUUCGCUUGGUAAUCUAUACGCGGGUUUAGGUAUUUCAAACAAUCAAGCAUGCUCACCAAGCGAACACAACCUAGCAAUUUUAUCAAACCAAAAUUAUUAGCUUGACAUGGUCUCGGUUAAUAUUUCCAAAAAUUCGUAGAACGAGUUUCAAAAAUGAAAAUAAAUUCAGAUCAAGUUUACAAUUCUGUCAAAUAAGUACCUGGAAUUUGAAAUAAAACACAAACAACUUAUCAAUCAUUUAAAUGUAUUAUAUCCCCUUCAAAAUAGGCCCCUUCUGAGGCAAUACACUUCUUCCAACGAACAAUCCAAUCAUCGAAACACUUUUUAAAGCUAUAUUCCGGGAUGGCCUUCAGUUCUCGUUGCGAAUUAGUUUUGAUGUCAUCAAUGCUCUCAAAACGGGUUCCACGACGUGGUAAUUUGAGUUUAGGAAACAGGAAAAAGUCACACGGGCCAUAUCUGGAGAGUACGGUGGUGUUCGAUGAUAUUUUUUGAAAUUUUUGUUCAAAACCUCGUUCACAAUGAUCGCUUUGUGCGCUGGUGAUUUAUCGUGGUGCAAAAUCCAACUGUUGUUCCGCCACUGCGACUUUCCGCAUACCCAAAACAUCAACCAAAAUAUGACGAACGGUCUCAUGAGACAUGUUCAUUAUUUGAGCUAUCUCUCGCAAGCUAUAAUACCGAUUUUCGAGCACCAUUUCCUUUAUUUUGUCGACGUUUUCUUCAGUUGAAUAGGUCGAAGGCCGUCCUGAACGUGGCAAGUCUUAAACUUGAGUUUUCGACAUGUUUGAAUCACCAAAUUUUUUUUCAACAUUUCCAACGUUUUGGCACAAGAAAUUUCGUUUGAAACACAAAAUUUCACACAGACUCUUUGUUCAAUAUUUUUAUCCAUAGUAAAAAUCGCAACGCACACAAAACGUUGACUUGUUCCUAAUGACCCAUAAACAAACUAAAAGACACAUAGCAAUAAAAAUUGACAGUGUAGUGGCUGACAGUUGUGCCAACCUGGGAGAAAAUAAAAUUUUGACAUAUUCUUAGUGAGAAAAUUUAAAAUGAGAAUUUCCGGGUUCUUAUUUGACAGAAUGUACGAUCUCUAGCGAUUCUUCGUGUUAACGCACAACGGUCAAGUAUUAUGAACUUACAAAAAGCUUGAAACAACAUCCGCUUUCUUCGUUGUGUCAAAUUGUGUUUGCACAAACUUUGGAAAAGCGUUACCAAUUCGCUCUGAGCGUAUUAACAACCCAAUUAUUCACUACCAAUCAAUUGACCCUUACAACAGAGAGCUAAUCAGUAAACUCACAAAGUAAAAUUCUUCAAUUAAACUUUUCACAUAAAAUACUCAGCAAAAACUAAUUUUCCAACAAACUAAAACAGACGCAUUGCUUGGGUUUUUGAUGCCCUCCACUAAGCUGCACCAGAUUGCUAGUUUACCAUAAAGAUGAAAACCCACAAAAUGUCACAUUUCCAUUGAAGUUGAUUUGUUUUUCAACAACCUGCACUUAACCAACCACUCAACAAUAACUUUUGACAUAAAAAGAGUACGCUGCUACACAGAUUGCAACACUGAUUUGCCACAUUAUUAAGCGCCCGAGAGCAAAGUGAUGGGAAAUUGAACGAAAGUACAUUAAAAAGCAUUGUAGAUGAGUAAAGUGCCAUCGAGUAAACGAACUGUCAGCACUGAUGUGGUGUUUCACUUUCGCUAAUGAUGAAGCCAAUGCUCACGCAGAGCGCCUUAAAUGUAAAUCAAUACUUGAGGAAAUUUAAAAACGAUGUCAAAAUCGACAGCAAGGUUGAGUAAAUUGAUUUUUAAUGAGGCAAACGAAAGGAUUGUCUGCGCAAAGGCAAACAAACACAAGCAAAAGUGAGACUAGCUGCCUAGCAAGCAACCGGCUAACAACACAACACCUGCAGCGGCUACUUGCAAAACUUACAGCUGCCGUUAUGCGUUCAAUCAACAUCAGCUUUAACAGCUGAUCACUGCAUGCAUAGUAUAAAAGCAUGGAAGGCAGCAAAUUUAUGCGAAGACGCUUGAACGGUGAACUGGCUAGUUAACAUAGCUGCUUAGCUUUGUUUGUAAACUUGAGUGACAUAACGACGCGUCUUUGACGUGAUUGUACCUGCGCCAUAACGGUAUACAUAUGUAUGCAUAUAACGACAAACAGUUAACCGGUAUGCACUAACGGUACAUUAUGCCAAUUCAAGUAGUGUGAUGUUAAUGUGCGCUUAGUACUUGAGUCUAUUAAAAUCUGCUGCUGGCAGGUUUUUAUCCAAGUAAUACAAACGGAAAUAAGAGGUUGCACGGUUAAACUAGUUAGUUAGAAUUGUAGUUAUGUGCUAGAAAAAAAUGUAAACGUAGAAUGACAAUUCAAAGUGAAGAUCAAAGCAGAUUAAUGCAAAGUACUUAAUAUUAACACUAUGCUUCCUUAUACUUAGCCGAACAUAAAAGAGCCUAACCUAUAAGACUCUUCAAAAUAAAUCUAGCAAGAAUUAGUAGUAUAUUUAAGUGACGCCAGCUGAUGAUGUUACAAGUCAUACAGAGUUGCAUAUGUGAGUACUCAAACUCACAUGGUUACUGCACAAGUCAUGUCGCCUAACAUUUACUAUGCAAAUUUUUGAGCGAGAGAAAGCUACCUUAAAGUAAUUUAAAAAAAUUAAUAACAAAAAUUUACAAAAUUAGCAAAAAUCUAUUACAAAAAAAUGAAAACAAAAAUUUGAAUUUUAGCGCUCUAUAAUCUAUAACUGUUGAUACUAUGUAUGUAUAUAAGACAGCAGGUAUACAAAAAGCAUAUAAACCAGCAAAAUAAAAAAAAUAAACUUUUGAAAAAAUUAAACUUUUGAAAAAAUAAUUAAAUUUUGAAAAAAUAAAUAAAUUUUGAAAAAAAAAAUUAAAUUUUGAAACAGAUAGCAAAGCUUUCACUUAUGACAUGUAUUUGCAUAUGUAUUUUAAACUAAUUUAUAUUUACCAAGCAAUUUCCCAAACUAAACUAAUGCCUCCAAAAAAAUAAAACUAUAGACAACAUACCUGUAAAACUAUAAAUGUUACUGCUAAAAAUAUGUUAUUUAAAAAAAUAAAUUUAAAAAACUGGCGCUAUGAAAAAUAAGCUGUAAUAAAUAUGUAUUUGUAAGUGCAACUACAAAAAUAUAAUUUUGAUGCGGGCAUUUGAAAAAAACUAAGAAAAUCAAUAUUUACUAAAUAUAUAAAGAAAAAAUUUACUUAAAACAUAUAUAAACUACUAUAAACACAGUGUUUAUAUUUAAAAACUUAAUACAUUUUCUUUAUACUUAAAAAAGUUUAGAAAUUAUAGCUAAAAAAAUAUCUAAAUUUAAAAUGUAAAACUAAACUCAAAUUGUAUCUCUAACGGUGCUAUAUAACUAUCGUCUUAACAGCAAAAAUAAACUCAUUGAUUACUAACUAAUAUACACACGCGCUUACAACUGAUUCGACCUUAACUAAUCAGCUGUUCAACGUGAAUGCAAAAUGUGACAUGCCAAUUUUAUGCACCGUUAUGCAUAUGCAACCGCAGUUCAUGCGCUAGGCAACGUCUAAAAUGUUCACACAUAUGUUUAACUGGUUCUAACGGCACAAAUUAUAGCUAACCGCAAUUGAAAAUGUGCGCAAACGUUAGGCAACGGAAAUUGUGCGUGUACCGUGAGAGCAACCUGUUAAUUGCCAGUGGUGCACCAAUGUAACUAGUGCAGUACUAACAAUAUUGGCAUUAAAUCGACAUGUCGUUUUGUAUUUAGAAGCAAUUGUAGAAAGCAUUGUAGUUAAAUUGAAAACGUAGUCAAAAUUUUUAUACUAUCCCUUUAGCGAUAUUUUCCGCCAGAGUUGAUGCACGUUGCCAAAGUCACUUCAUUAAAUGCUACAAUUUGAAUUUUGCAACUAAUAAUCGGCAGCAAAAACAAUCUUGCACUUUUCAAAAAUAUAUAAGAAACAGAGACGUGUGCACUAUAUGUAAACAUAACUACAUUUUUAACUGAAAUAAGUAUUGAAAUUAAAAAAAUAUGUAACAAAAUGCCCUAAUAUUAAAACUAUUAAAAAUACAAAAAGCCAAAAAAGCGCUUGCUAUACAUACUUUAAAAAAAAGCCAUACAUAAAUAAACGUACAUAUUUAAAUCUAAAACACAAACUAUAAAAUUAUGAUUUAUAAAAACAAUUAUAUUAAUAAAAUACAAAUUGCUGAUAUGUUGUGAAUGUAUUAAAAUGCACAGCUAAUAAAAACGAACAUGAAAAUAAUAUACUAUAUGUAAACAAUAAAUAUGGAGAAUAAAUAAAAGGAAACCAAAAACCAAACAA